UCUACAUUUCGUUCGCCAAACUCGUGCUCUUAACUCGUAUCAUACUUUUUAUUGCACGGUAGUUUCCAUUAUGUGGGUGGAGCGUUGGUGUUGCAGCAGCAGUGCUCUGUGAAGAAAAGUGCAAGUUUGACAUUAUAUAUAGAUACGGCUUUUUAUUUUACAACGUGUCGUAAUCGUCAUAGAUAUGCAACAGUAUUUCUUGCUGGAGUUGAGCAAAAGGUGCAGGACAUGCCAUUGUUCGUGUUAUCUGUUCUCGAUUGAGGGAGCCUUUACAUGUAGUCGUGCACGAGCGCCACUCAGAUUUCAACUCAGGCUUCCGGGAGCUAAUUAUUAAUCAGCUGUUGUGAAACCGAAAAGCCAGAGUUGGACCUCUCCGGCUUCAGGAAAUCAGAACAUUUCCUAAAUUUCCCGAAAGGAAUUUCCAAGGGAUUAAAAAAGUUCUAUCUGUCUGUCUGGUCUGUCUGUCUGUCUGGUCUGUCUGUCUGUCUGGUCUGUCUGUGAUUAACUUGGAGUUAAUGUCACAGAUGAGGCAGCAGAUGAUGUAUUUCACCUGUGUUGACAAACACUACCUAAAGUCGAAACACGUGCUGGAGCACCUUUAGUUCGAACACACAACCGUCCGCGCAUGCGCUAGUAUCAGCUGUGGACGAUGGACUACCUGCCAGACCACAACUCCAAGUACAAAGAUGUUGAAUACUGGGAUGAUCGAUACACAACGGAGGAGAGUUAUGAUUGGUUGGGCACUUUGUCCAAAUUCCAGCACAUUCUUGAAGAACAUAUGAAGAAGGAAGACAGCAUUUUGAUACUUGGUUGUGGAAACAGCAGUAUGAGUGUUGACAUUUACAGGGCCGGCUUCCACUCCAUCACCAACAUAGAUUACUCCUCAGUCUGCAUAAACACGAUGGCAGCCAGACACAGUGACUGCCCUGGUAUGACCUGGCUUCAGAUGGAUGUGCGCCAGCUCAGCUUUCAGAGCGAGUCCUUCGACGUCGUCCUGGAGAAGGCAACACUCGAUGCCAUCAUGGUGGAAGAAAAGUCACCUUGGGAGGUUUCUGCUCAGACCGCCUGCUUCAUUCACCAAGCACUGACCCAGAUCAGCCACUGUUUGAAACCCGGAGGCCGAUUCAUCUCCAUAACCUUUGCCCAGCCCAUUUUCAGGAAGUCCCUUUACGCUCGUGCAUGCUACGACUGGUCGGUGAGAAAGUACACCUAUGGUGAAGGGUUUCAGUACUUUGUGUAUGUGAUGACCAAAGGUGAGUCGCUCUGUCCAGAAGAUGCCAGUCUGGAGAGGAAACUCCUGGAGGAAACACUUGUACCACCUAACCAAGUGACCAUAACACAAAGUGACGAUGAGGAAGACUUUAUGUUUAAUAUUCACUUAUAAGGUGACUCACUUGUAUUGAAGUAGCUUUUAUACAUUUUCUAGGCAUUCAUUCAUAUGUAAAUGACAAAUCUGGGUCUUUUAAUGCACACUGUCUAGCUAAUUAUCCUUAGUCUGCUCUGAUUGUUUAUUAUCUAAUUAGCCAUUCACUUAAAACCAUUGUUACCAUUGUACCCACGGUAACAGUGGCUAAGCUGCUGAAUCUGAAUAGACUGUUGAAUGUUAAUCCAUUAAUGGACCUUUGAAUUUAAUGUAUUGGUUAUGCCAAGACAUAAAUAGCAGGUGCUAAUUUAGGCAUUUGUACAAAUUGCAA